AUGGGUCUGAAAGGGCAAUGGUGUUUUCCUUGGUCUGGACCCCGGAGACAGCGAGGGAACCAAAGGGGGACAGCCCUGACUUUGGCCUCCCACCCAGACUCUAAUCAGGCCAGGGAGCACCCCCUACCUGGGGGAGGACCCACUUUAGGAGAAGGUGCCUACUUCAGCAGCAAAGCUCGACUCUCCUUCCGUCACCAGCUGCAUGCCACAACCUCAGCCAAUGACUCUACCAACUGAAGUCUGGUGGGGAUCCGCAACUCCUAGGUGGUGGGCAAAU